AUGGAAAACAACACAGAAGUGACUGAAUUCAUCCUGCUGGGACUAACCAAUGCCCCAGAGCUGCAGAUCCCUCUUUUUAUCAUGUUCACCCUCAUUUACCUCAUCACUCUGGUUGGUAACAUGGGGAUGAUUGUUUUGAUUCUCUUGGACUCCCAUCUCCACACUCCUAUGUACUUUUUCCUCAGUAAUCUGUCUCUGGUGGACUUUUGUUAUUCUACAGCUGUUACUCCCAAAGUGAUGGCGGGGUUCUUUGUGGGAGACAAAGUCAUCUCCUACAAUGCAUGUGCUGCUCAGAUGUUCUUUUUUGUAGCCUUGGCCACUGUUGAAAAUUUCCUCUUGGCUUCAAUGGCUUAUGAUCGUUUUGCAGCAGUGUGCAAACCCCUCCAUUACACCACCACCAUGAUGACAGGUGUGUGUGCUUCUCUGGCCAUAGGCUCUUACAUCUAUGGUUUCCUGAAUGCCUCCAUUCAUAUUAGGGACACAUUCAGUCUCUCUUUCUGCAUGUCCAAUCUGGUCCAUCACUUUUUCUGUGAUGUCCCAGCAGUCAUGGCUCUCUCUUGCUCUGAUAGGCAUAUCAGCGAGCUGGUUCUUGUUGUUGUAGCAAGCUUCAACAUCUUGUUUGCUCUCUUCAUUAUCUUGAUUUCCUAUCUGUUCAUUUUUAUCACCAUCCUGAAGAUGCACUCAGCCAAGGAGGCUUUAUCUACCUGUACCUCCCACCUCACUACAGUAUCCACCUUCUAUGGGACAGUAAUUUUCAUGUACUCCCAGCCCACCUCCAGCCAUUCAAUGGACUCAGACAAAAUCGCAUCUGUGUUCUACACUAUGGUCAUUCCCAUGCUGAAUCCGCUCGUCUAUAGCCUAAGAAACAAGGAGGUUAAAACUGCUUUCAAGAAGGUGGUUGAGAAGGCAAAAUUGUCUCUAGGCUUUACCUCUUAA